CCCAGGGUGCAGCUCACCGGCGGACGCCGCAGGCCGCGCGCUCGCUCGCCGGUGCCGUUGCUGUUUAGGGGAACGGCGGUGAGGCCUGUGGUCAUGGCGCUGUUCCCGGCUUUUGCCGGCGUUAGUGAGGCCGCCGACAACGGGAGCUCCAGGAAAGCAUUAGACUGGCUGAGCAACCCGAGCUUUUGUGUUGGAGCUAUAACAUUGCAGGGCCAGCAAACUGAAGAGACCACAGCCCUUAUUUCUGAGGGGUCACCGUUGACAAGGAGUCCUUUGAAAUCAGAGCCUUCAGAUGAAAGUGACACUAACAAAAAACUCAAACAAACAAGCAGAAAAAAGAAGAAAGAGAAAAAGAAAAAAAAGAAGCAUCAGCACCAUAAGAAAACCAAGAGGAAACGUGGGCAGUUGAGCAGCAGUGGGUCUGAAGCAGAUACUGACUCUGAAAGGGACACGUCUUUCAGAAGCUUCAGAGAUAGUAGAAGGGAAUGCGAGAAACUGAAUCAAGAAAAUAAUUCAGCCGCUGAUGUUGGACAUCGCUUUGUUUGGCUUGAGGACAUCCAGGCUUUGACGACAGAAACCUUUAGAACAGACAAGACGCCGGAUCCUGCAAACUGGGAAUAUAAGUCUCUCUACCGAGGGGACAUAGCAAGAUAUAAGCGGAAAGGAGACUCUUGCCUUGGCCUUAACCCUAAGAAGCAGUGUAUAUCUUGGGAAGGAGCUUCCAGCCAAAAGAAGCAUUUGCACAAGCAUGUUGAGCGCUAUUUUACAAAGAAAAAUGUGGGAUUAAUGAACUCGGAUGGAGUUGCUGUUAGCAGUAAAACCGAACCUCCCUCGUCUGAGCCAAUCCUGUUUAUACCAGUGAAGGACUUGGAUGAUGUGGUUCCUUCUGCUGCAACCUGGCUGAAUCCUUUGGGGAUUUAUGACCACUCAACCACGCAGUGGCUACAAGGACAGGGUCCUUCGGAACAUGAGUCGAAGCAGCCAGACUUGCAGCCAGACAGAGAGAAUGCUGCCCUCAAGGCUAAGGUGGAGGAGUUUAACAGGAAGGUUCGGGAGAAUCCUCGGGAUAUUCAGCUGUGGAUGGCAUUUGUUGAUUUUCAGGACGAGGUGAUGAGAAGCCCUGGCCUGUAUGCUGUCAAUGAAGGAGAGCUGGAGAAGCGCAGGAGGUCCCUGAAGCUCAUUCUGGAGAAGAAGCUGGCCAUUCUGGAGCGGGCCAUCGAGAGCAAUCAGACCAGCGUGGAGCUGAAGCUCGCCAAGUUGAAGCUCUGCAUGGAGUUCUGGGAGCCCUCCACCCUGGUCAAAGAGUGGCAGAAGCUGAUAUUUUUACAUCCCAAUAAUACAGCCCUUUGGCAGAAAUACCUUUUAUUUUGCCAGAGCCAAUUUAGCACCUUUUCGGUAUCGAAAAUUCACAGUCUCUAUGGAAAAUGCUUGAGUACUUUGUCCGCUGUUAAGGACGGCAGCAUCUUAUCCCACCCUGCGUUGCCUGGAACUGAAGAGGCCAUGUUUGCCCUCUUUCUUCAGCAGUGCCACUUCCUGCGGCAGGCCGGCCACUCUGAGAAGGCCAUCUCUUUGUUCCAGGCCAUGAUUGACUUCACCUUCUUCAAACCCGACAGUGUGAAAGACCUGCCGACCAAAGGACAGGUGGAAUUCUUUGAGCCCUUUUGGGACAGUGGAGAGCCCCGCGCUGGAGAGAAGGGGGCACGAGGCUGGAGAGCGUGGAUGCACCAGCAGGAGCGGGGCGGCUGGGUGGUCAUCAACCCAGAUGAGGAUGAUGAUGAACCUGAAGAGGAUGACGAGGAGAUAAGAGAUAAGACUCUGCCCAGGUGGCAGAUCUGGCUUGGCGCGGAGCGUUCCCGAGCCCAGAGGCACUGGCGGCCCUGGCGCCCCGAUAAGACCAAGAAGCAAGCUGAGGACGACUGUGAGGAUCCCGAGAGGCAGGUGUUGUUUGAUGACAUUGGACAAUCUCUGAUCACACUUUCCAGCCCAGAGCUUCGGUUUCGGCUAGUCGAGGCCUUCCUGCAGUUCUUGGGGGUGCCGUCUGGCUCGGCUCCUCCUGCCACCUGCCGUUACCUGGCCAUGGAUGAGAACAGCAUCUUCGAUAACGGACUUUGUGAUGAAAAGCCAUUGACACUUUUCAACCCCUCAUUUUCUGGCGUUAGCUGUGUUGGCCGCAUGGACCAGUUGGGCAGUAGGCGCUGGACCAGGGGUCACAAUCGAGAUGGCGAGGAGUUCAUCCGUAACGUCUUCCACCUCGUGAUGCCUCUGUUUUCAAGCAAGGAAAAGUCUCAGCUCGCCUUCUGCUGGUUACAGUACGAGAUUGCAAAGGUCAUUUGCUAUCUGCAUACCAAAAACAAGAAGAAAUUAAAGUCACAAGGGAAGAACUGCAAAAAACUAGCCAAGAAUCUCCUUAAGGAGCCGGAAAACUGCAACAAUUUGUGCCUCUGGAAGCAGUAUGCCCAUCUGGAGUGGUUGCUUGGCAACACAGAGGAUGCCAGAAAAGUUUUUGACACAGCACUCAGCCUGGCGGGAACCAAAGAGCUGAGGGAUUCCGCGCUCUGUGAGCUGGGUCUGCUCUACGCGGAGCUGGAGGUGGAGCUGCUGUCGGACCUGAGAGGAGCUGCCACAGCCAGGGCUGUCUACAUUCUAACCAGACUGACCGAGAGCGUCCCUUAUGGGCCCUACGCCGGGCAGGUCUUGGCGGUUCACAUUUUGAAAGCCCGGAAGGCAUACGAGCACGCGCUGCAGGACUGUUUGGCCGAGAGCUGUGACUCUGACCCAGCUCCCCGUGAUUCCUUUAACCGCUUGAUGAGCCUGGCUAGAUGCUUUAUGCUCUUCCAGUAUCUAACUGUAGGGAUCGAUGCUGCCUUGCGGAUCUACGAGCAGGUGUUUGCAAAACUGAAGAGCUCCAUUUCCCCAGAAGACUCUGGCCUGGAGGAGGGUGACCGUUCCCAGUACCUGACCAGUGUUCUCGAAGCUGCCACCCUGAUGCACACGCGUCUGCUCGGGUUCCACCUGAGAGUGAGCGUCUACCCACUGACACCCCUGCGCAUGGCCCUCUCGGAGGCUUUAAAGUUGUACCCAGGCAACCAAAUUCUUUGGAGGGCAUAUGUACAGAUCCAAAAUAAGUCCCACAGUGCCAGCAAGACAAGAAGAUUCUUUGACGCAAUCACCAGGUCUGCCAAAUCCUUGGAGCCUUGGUUGUUUGCAAUUGAAGCUGAGAAAGUGCGAAAAAGACUGGUGGAAGCUGUGCAGAGGCUGGAUGGUAGAGAAAUACAUGCCACAAUUCCUGAGACCGGCUUAACAAAUCGUAUCAAGGCCCUGUUCGAAAAUGCCACCCGGAGUGACAGUGGCAGCCAGUGCCCCCUGCUGUGGAGGAUGUAUUUGAACUUUUUGGUUUCCUUAGGAAAUAAAGAAAGAAGCAAAGGUGUAUUCUACAAAGCUCUUCAGCAUUGUCCUUGGGCAAAGCUCUGGGGCCAUGGGUGUUGAAGUCUGCACUCCUUGUGCCUGCCAGCCUGAGGGUGUCUUGCCCCGAAGCUUCCCCAGCACCUGGAUCCACCCACUUGCUGGCUGCUGAGCAGAUGGUGUGGAGACUCCAGAAACAGGAACGAACAAUUUCUGAAAGAGCACGCUUUACUGGGAAAACAGUACUACACAGCGACCAACAGACAAAUGCAGCCCCAGGGGCAUCCUACACAUCACGCUCAAAAAGAUACACGGAACGUUUUGUUAAUAAAAAUCAACUGGAAUAUGGAUUCUCCCAGGCAACAUCCCCAACCCCAUCUUCUGAGGGUUGGGAAAAUGCCCAUCCAUUUUCUGGAAGGCAUGUGGCUCACUCAGAGAUAGAGCCCUUCAGGGGUGCCUUCUUGUUUUUUAUAAAGAACAUUUUCUUUAGAUUUUUUGAAGUCUUCAUUUGUUACUUUCAUUCUACGUUCUCUCAAGGCCAUCAGACCAGCUUCUGUACAGAUUGCCUACAGGAAAGAACACAAUGUUCAGAAAGUGAAAUACCUUUUAUUUUUAUUCUAACAAGCAAUUCAGAGAGAUCAGUUUUAAAUAGGGUAUAAGAAACCUAGGCUAAACACAAAUUGCCCAAAACAUUUGGGAAAAGAUUAGACUUUUAAAAUGUUUUAAGCAUCCCAAUUAUUUUCCAAAAGGAUUUGAACUGGCUUAAACUGGGAGUAAUUAUAACCAAGAAGGAAGUCUGGCCCAGGAAUUCAGGCUCUGGGUUCCAGAUUGGCUCAGGUUCUAACUAGUUGUAUUGCUUGGCAAAGCCAGUAUGUUCUUAUAGCUCCCCUUUUGUUAAAGGGAAUAAUCUUCCUAGGAAAUAGAUGAAAUUCUAAUCUGAAAUGUAAAGGCAACAUAAAGUACAUAUGCAUCCCAUUCACCUAUAGUCAUAAGAGAACACAUAUUCUCAUUAAAUAUAUGUUUAAAAAUAGCAUUUAUUUCCUCAAUGUUGACUUGUCAAAAGUAAAACAUAAGAAUCCAUGCAAUGUGAUGUGAUAAAGAUCCUGGCUGUGAAGCUUCUAUUUUAUGGCCAUGAGGAUAUUUCAAAUGGUUCAGCAGAAAAGAGUGCGUUUCUGCACAGAUAGAUAAAGCAAAUGGGUAAAGUGUGAAACUGGUAAAUCUAAGCAAUGGGUAGAUGAGUGUGGACGUUGCUAUUGAUGCAACUUUUCUGAACGUUUGAAAAAUAUCAAAAUUGAUAAUGCAAAAUAAAAAUCUCAAUUUAAAAAAAGAUUUUAUUCACCAACUAAGACACUGAUGUUCUAUAGGAAAGAUGACAGCGAACCACAGUAUGUACAGGCCCUGACCUGGGAAGGCACAGUGUCUGCAACCCUCCCCUAAUGUGGUUUUGUGUCUGACUCAAGACCAUCCAAUGAGAAGUGGGUUGAUAGGUGUAUCUAGAGUCAAUACUGCCAGGCUUUGCUAUAAGCCGGUCAUCUGGGAAGAAUCAUCCUAACUCACAUGCAUGUGUGAGAAAACAAAAGGAAGAUUCUUUCCUGUCAGUUUGGUACAACCAAUCAGAAUAACAUUGU